UACACAGGAAGCCUAUGCGUUUUUAAUAUGUUAACACAACAACAAUCAGACAUGGGUUACACCACAUCAUGAAACUAUUGGCAGUGUUGAGAACAGUUCUGCAAGCUGUCCAACUCAGGCAGUCCAUUCAAUUGUGGUCGACCGAGCGUAGAAGCUAGUCUGAAAACUUUAGACAUAUUUAAUCACUUCUAAGUCGUAAAAGAGUGUAAAGUACUUGGCCAAAUUGUAUUACUACUGGACUGGUGACUGUUGAGGGGGACAAAGAUUUCCAUUGGCAUUGAGGCUUGGAAGGAGAAUGCUGCGCAGGACCGUCUCCUUCCCCAUUGAGGCGGGACAGCUGCAGCAGCUGGGUCUACAGGGCUGUGGCUCCCACGGUGUGACAUCAUGCUCGGUGCUCGACCUCCCGGCUCUCCUCAACGCUCACCAUGGGCAACGGCAAUGGGAGGAUGAACGGUGGGGCUGGUACCAGGGGCAUGCCGAGGAAGGCCAAUGGGAGGAUGAGGGAGGGCUAGUGGUCACGCCAUCUUCUACUGGUAUGCAAAAUGAUGAGUUUGUCAGGCUGUUCGUGUCAGAGGAGGAGAGAAUCCUCAACUCUGCAGACCUGAGUGCAGAGGAGAGGAGUGACGUUCUAGCAGAGUUGGUGUAUUCCCGAAGCAGACUAAAGCAAUUGAACUCAGAGCUGCAGAGAACAGUGGAGUUAGCCGAUGACAACAACACACUGCUACGCACUGAGAACGCUGCACUGCGCAACCAAGUCAAAGGGAUGAAGCAGUCGAUCCAUGAUGCAGAGCAGCUGAUGGAUGAGCUGGAGGAGAUCCGGAGCUUAUCAGCUGAGAAGGACGGCGCUACGGGCAACCUGGAGUCCUACAUCAAACAACUGGAGAAAGAGAAGGAGAUUUUGGAAGACCAGAUCGAGACCAUUGGCAGUGAGAUGUCCCGUAUUAUACCAGAUAGAGCCACUGACAAGAAGAAGAUCGCUGACCUCAGCAAUGCUCUACAGGCCUUACAGCUACGGCUAGAGGAGAGCAGACUCGCCCUGGAUCAGAGGUAUGAGGUCAUACAUAAGAAGGACUUUGUUAUUGAGCAGCUGGAGCAGUCCCUCACAGAGUACUCCUCCAUCGCACAGGAUCUGAAGGAGAAGAUGAAGGAUCUGGAGAGCCAACUGGCAGAGGCCCUAGUAAAUGGAGGAGAGGGGCGUUACAUGGCGUUAGAUGGGACUCUGUCUGCAGCCACUCAGCGCUCCAUCUCUCUAGCGGAGGAAAUGGGUCUACUGCCACGUAGGAUGGAUGAGUCCUCUGAUGAGGAGGUGCAGGAGCAAAGAGAUGAGAGGGUAGAGAAAGAGGAGAAGCAGAGAGUGGAGGAGAGGAUAGAAAGAGAGGAGAAUGAGAAGAAAGAUGAGGAUGUCAAGGAGGAGAAACAGCUGUUACAGGAGAAGAGAGGUGUGUGGUCAGAUCUGGUGGGAGGUGUCCAGGCAGCAGGAGGUUUCACCCUGGGUUUCCUGGCUCCUCUGGGUGUGCUGGUCUCCAUGGUCCCUGGCUGCUACGACCACUGUACUGGACUCAGCUGCACCGAUAUCCUCUGGUCUACUGCCAGAUACCUCAUACAGCCAUACUGCAACGUGCACCACAUAGGCCUUCCUCCUCUGUAACACAUACAUACAUAUAUACAGUGCCUUGCGAAAGUAUUCAGCCCCCUUGAACUUUGCGACCUUUUGCCACAUUUCAGGCUUCAAACAUAAAGAUAUAAAACUGUAUUUUUUUGUGAAGAAUCAACAACAAGUGGGACACGAUCAUGAAGUGGAACGACAUUUAUUGGAUAUUUCAAACUUUUUUAACAAAUCAAAAACUGAAAUUGGGCGUGCAAAAUUAUUCAGCCCCCUUAAGUUAAUACUUUGUAGCGCCACCUUUUGCUGCGAUUACAGCUGUAAGUCGCUUGGGGUAUUUCUCUAUCAGUUUUGCACAUCAAGAGACUGAAAUCUUUUCCCAUUCCUCCUUGCAAAACAGCUCGAGCUCAGUGAGGUUGGAUGGAGAGCAUUUGUGAACAGCAGUUUUCAGUUCUUUCCACAGAUUCUCAAUUGGAUUCAGGUCUGGACUUUGACUUGGCCAUUCUAACACCUGGAUAUGUUUAUUUUUGAACCAUUCCAUUGUAGAUUUUGCUUUAUGUUUUGGAUCAUUGUCUUGUUGGAAGACAAAUCUCCUUCCCAAUCUCAGGUCUUUUGCAGACUCCAUCAGGUUUUAUUCCAGAAUGGUCCUGUAUUUGGCUCCAUCCAUCUUCCCAUCAAUUUUAACCAUCUUACCUGUCCCUGCUGAAGAAAAGCAGGCCCAAACCAUGAUGCUGCCACCACCAUGUUUGACAGUGGGGAUGGUGUGUUCAGGGUGAUGAGCUGUGUUGCUUUUACGCCAAACGUAACGUUUUGCAUUGUUGCCAAAAAGUUCAAUUUUGGUUUCAUCUGACCAGAGCACCUUCUUCCACAUGUUUGGUGUGUCUCCCAGGUGGCUUGUGGCAAACUUUAAACGACACUUUUUAUGGAUAUCUUUAAGAAAUGGCUUUCUUCUUGCCACUCUUCCAUAAAGGCCAGAUUUGUGCAAUAUACGACUGAUUGUUGUCCUAUGGACAGAGUCUCCCACCUCAGCUGUAGAUCUCUGCAGUUCAUCCAGAGUGAUCAUGGGCCUCUUGGCUCCAUCUCUGAUCAGUCUUCUCCUUGUAUGAGCUGAAAGUUUAGAGGGACGGCCAGGUCUUGGUAGAUUUGCAGUGGUCUGAUACUCCUUCCAUUUCAAUAUUAUCACUUGCACAGUGCUCCUUGGGAUGUUUAAAGCUUGGGAAAUCUUUUUGUAUCCAAAUCCGGCUUUAAACUUCUUCACAACAGUAUCUCGGACCUGCCUGGUGUGUUCCUUGUUCUUCAUGAUGCUCUUUGCGCUUUUAACGGACCUCUGAGACUAUCACAGUGCAGGUGCAUUUAUACGGAGACUUGAUUACACACAGGUGGAUUGUAUUUAUCAUCAUUAGUCAUUUAGGUCAACGUUGACAGAGAUCCUCACGGAACUUCUGGAGAGAGUUUGCUGCACUGAAAGUAAAGGGGCUGAAUAAUUUUGCACGCCCAAUUUUUCCGUUUUUGAUUUGUUAAAAAAGUUUGGAAUAUCCAAUAAAUGUCGUUCCACUUCAUGAUUGUGUCCCACUUGUUGUUGAUUCUUCACAAAAAAAUACAGUUUUAUAUCUUUAUGUCUGAAGCCUGAAAUGUGGCAAAAGGUCGCAAAGUUCAAGGGGGCCGAAUACUUUCGCACGGCACUGUAUACGCAUGCAUACCUACCUACAUACUACCUACACGCACACAUUCAGAAAAACACACACACUAAUCAAACCUCAAUCGACCAACCCUGAUCUUCAACCCUCCCAGGCUGCAAUGUUGCUGUUAACUAAAUAAAACUGAAUACUGCAUCAUACAUGGACAACUGGUUGUAUUUUAAUAAAGGGAAACAGUAGAGUUGAUUUUACAAUGUUUAUUUUUUAGCUUUAUGAAGAUUAGCUCAAUUACAUUUAAAAGAUUGGACUCAAUGUUGUUCAUGUUUUAGUUAUUUCUCGACACUGUUUUAUUUCAUCUUUAUUUAACUAGGCAAGUCAGUUGAGAACAAAUUCUUAUUUACAAUGACGGCCUACCAAAAGGCCUCUGCGUGGAUGGGGGCUGGGAUUAAAAAUAUAGGACAAAACACACAUCACGACAAGAGAGACAUAAAACAAGAGAGACAUACAUGGCAAAAUGGUAUAUAUUAUUAUAUAUUAUAUUAUUAUAUUAUUACAUAAGACGCCAACAGCAUGGCAGCGACACAACAUGGUAGCAGCACAAAACGGUACAAACAUUGUUGGGCACAAACAGCAAGAAAGUAGGGAUUGUUCUAUACAGUACUAAAUAAAUGCACUGUCACGUUCCUGUUUGGAUUGUAAAUAUGAUUUCUAUUCAAUACAGAGACAUGAACCAGUUUGUCUUUCCACUUCAUAUAAACGUUUUAAUGUAUAUUUUCAAACAACGCGAGACCUGAGCAGUGGACUGGAGUCGUGGUCUGACGUCAUCCGAAAAUGGCUACUUCGUAAAAGGAUUUAUAAAAUACGAACACCCGAUACACACUUUCAACCAAACAUUAACAUUAUUAUAAAGG